UCACUUCGACACGGAAAUUGGCGGAAGCAUCCUCCCCAUUUUUCCCGGCAUUUCUUUAGAUGCGGUUGCGUUACCGCCGUAAACUGGUCGGAGCGGCCGGUCGAUCACUGGAACCCUAACACUAGCUUCCCAUGGAUCACACCUCUCUAACCCUAACCCUAACCCUUAUCUUCCUCACUCUCUUCCUUCUCAUCGACUCGCUCUCCCUCUCCUCCCCCAUUCAUUCCCUAACACCCGCAUCAUCCCCCUCCCACCCUCCACUCAACCACAUAAUGUCUGAACCAUCCGGCGUUGCAGCACUCUCGCCACCCCAUCAAAAGCACUCCCCGAAGCCAGUCUUCCACCACCAUCAGCGGCAACCUCCGCCGCAUCCUUCACCGGGGAAGCUAAAUUUCGGUAAGAAGCUCGGCUUUGCGUUCAUCGCCAUCGCGGGCGUACUCCAAGUAACUUUUGCGGGUUUCCUCAUUUAUAAGAGGCAGCAGCUGAAGAAGAUUGGGAGAAACUAUAGAAUGAGAGUCUCUUCAUGAUUUUUUGCAAUAUGGAAAUGAGAGAUCUUAUUCUGCACUAAAUUGAAAGUUGUGGAUAUAACAUUGCAUAUAAUGUUUUCUGAUGGAAGCUGGCUUGGAUUCUGGGAAUGCUUCCGGGCUCAAUCUGGGUAGAAUUUGGUGGCAGAGAAUUGAGCGUCUUGUUAAAUUCGGUACAUUGAUGGUUCUUUACUCGUUCUAUUGUUUUGUUUUGUUUUUUCUUAAUUGUUGACUAUAUACGGCUGUUAACGCUUUGGUUCCUGUAACAAAUAGUUCGAUCUUCAUAGAUUUUUUUAUUUUUUUAUGUAAUAAACAUUUCUGAUUAUCCAAUUCAACACGUUGAUGGCUGCUUGUGGAAAAUCUAUUUUAUGAUAUGAGUGCUGAAGAUUGUGAUGUUAAUGCUAGUGAUUUCAAGUACCCCGGCAUGUUGUACAAGAGUAGAACUUCUGGUAAUGUAGGGGAAGGGGGA